AUGUUCACUGUUUAUUUUCUUGCUGUGACAACCGAAAUUCUGAAAGAUGAGCUCGGCCCAGGGGAGCGUGUCUCCUUGGCCAGGUUCUCAAUUGGCCAUCUCCAGCGUACGAACAAACCAUUACGCCUAGCCGUUGACGUUUCGAUAUGGCUUUUCCAAGUUCAGGCUGCGCAAGGGGGCGCAAACCCGGCUCUUAGAACACUAUUCUUCCGGCUCACCAGGCUGAUUUCUCUACCUAUCCAACCCAUUUUCGUUUUUGAUGGGCCGCAUAGACCAGAUUACAAAAGGGGUCGACUUAUUAGCAAGAAUGCUGCUGGUGCGCAGAUAGAGCUUUCAAGAAAACUGAUUGAAUUGUUUUCGUACCCAUGUCACACCGCUCCAGGAGAAGCAGAGGCAGAAUGUGCGAAACUGCAACGGACAGGCGUCGUCGAUGCUGUCAUGAGCAAUGAUGUUGACGCUCUCAUGUUCGGCUCUAAGGUUACCCUUCUCAACUACUCGAAAGGGUCAGCCAAACAGUCAGGGGCCGCCACUCAUGUUGACUUAUAUGAUACGGAAGCAGAAGAUGGAGAUAGUAAGGUCACUCUGGAUACUGGGGGCAUGGUUUUGGUUGCACUACUAAGUGGUGGAGAUUAUUCCCCCGCAGGGGUACCUUUAUGCGGCCCUAAACUAGCAGCUGAGAUUGCUAGAGCUGGCUUUGGCGAAGAUUUACUUGGAAUAAUGCAAGGUCUUCUAUCUGGGCGACCAAACAAAGAGGCCACAGAAGCACUUUGCGAAUGGAGAGAACGCCUUCAGUAUGAAUUAGAGACCAACCAUAGUGGUUAUUUCAAAACGAAACAUAAAGCUGUCAGGAUACCAGAUGAAUUUCCGGAUAUGGCUGUUUUACGAAACUGUGUUGACCCGGUCACAUCGACGCCUAAAGAACUUGAUAUGUUUCGAAAGCCAGAUAUUUGGGGCAGACGAAUCAAUGUUGACAAGCUUCGAGCAUUUGUUGGUAAACAUCUAGGAUGGAAGAAUCUAAUCGGGGCUAAAAACUUUAUAAGGAGACUUGCACCCUCCCUCCUGAGCUAUGAACUCCUUUAUGGAUAUCUUGCACCAUCCGGGGAUGAACUGUCAGUGAAAAUAACAGCCAGCAAGUCAGCGGACUCCUUUGAUGCUUUGCCAGUGUUAAAGCUCGAGUAUGUGCCACUGAACAUUGUCAGGCUAAAGCUGAACCUAGAAACUGCCCCUACAAGCCCCCAAGAAGACGAAGUUAUCACCAUUGAUUCAUCCGAUAAUGAUGACACCCAAAAGGAAGGCAAUGUUGUGGGUACGAAACGAACUUUGGCUGAGUACAACCCAUACCUCCCCCAAACUUUAUGGGUAUUCGAAGAACUAGUACGUCGUGGUAUUCCAGAUACCGUGGAGAAAUGGUUUGUAGAAUGUAAAGAGAAGGAGGCCGCCAAAAAGCGGCCAGUUAAGAAGUCUGGAACAAGAAGGAAAAAGCCCAAAGUCGUGGAUCCAGGGAUGAAGGCUGGCUCUAUUCUCCAAUACGGAACUGUUACCAAAGGACCAGCUAGACAGGCAAAGGUUGCAUCUUCGAUCAAAAAAGAGACUCCUUCAUUAAGCAACGACGGCCGAAAUGAAGACGUUCUUUUAUGUACUGCUGUUUCUAAAACCCCUGCAACUUCAUCUGCGAAGAAUGCCGGUUUUCCUACUUCCCCCGAUUAUUGGGAUUCAAUUUUCAGUGAUUCAUUCGGCGACCUAACUGACACUGGGCAUAAUGAGAUAGAUUCCAUUACUAGAUCAGUCGUCGAGGUAGAACUGGCACUUAGCCAAGUUCAUAUUUCAGAUAAACCGUCCCAAGCCAAUACACAGCCUGACGCGGCUGACUCAACUACGCGGAAAUCAGCAGCUUCGCAACGCAUUGUACGCAAAUCAGUCUCGUCCAGACGUCCAGAUCAACCAAAAGUACCCACGGAGAACAACCUGUCCGCGUCUCCACCACUUCCACCACCAGCUACAUCACCGGACUUUCCAUCGCUGAAUCAGUUAUCGAUCGAGCUGGAUAGUAUUCGGCAUAAUGAUUCCCAGAUACAAUUAAAAAAAGCAAAUAGACACAAUAUAUAUACGAACAAUCGCCAUACCACAUCGACACUAGGAACCACCACAGAUCCUUCGCUAUCCAGGGAGAUAGGUAGCAAAUGCUGCCCUGCCUUGCACGUCAAUAUUAACAAUGGAUUUUGGAAUUGUGUCCAGGGGGGUAGUGCAGAUUGUCUCUGUUCACCAGGCUUUGAUGAACUCUCGUUUUUUGAUAGCCAACCAGGCAAACCAAUAUGCCUUGGGCGGGUUGAUAUUAUUGACCUCACUUGA